AUCUUUCAAAGAAAAUAAAUCGAGGCCCAUGCGUUGAACCCAAGUUGAAUCAUUCCGUUCAUUUUCGGACACAUUUCUCGUUGUCGACGGAAAAAUACUUUAUUCUGUGGACCAUAUGGUAGCCAAUAUGGUAGCGUCCAAUGAGGCAAAAACCCCGCAACAUUUACAAACCUAUUGGCGCGAAUUUCUCCGAUUUGUCUCUCGCUUUUGUGAAGGGCAAGUUGGGUCUUGAAUUGGUCUUGAAGCAAGUCAAAGUGCGCAGUUUCGGUGCAAGAGUGUGUUUAUAUGCCUCGAGUACAAGCAGCCAACAAGCUCAACGGAAUUCUGGACUCGCUAGCAUCUUAAAUAAUGAUUAUUGGGUAGACUGCAAAAGCUGCCUGAUUUUCUUCUCUGAGAGGAAAUUCAAACUGGGACUUAGACUCCUCAGGAACAGCUCCAGCCCAAUAAAUCAAAUUGAAUCAUAAGCUGCUCUGAUCCGACCACAUCAACAUGCCGCGCGACAUACGAAGCUACUUCGGCGCGUCCUCCAUGAAGCAGGCGGACAUCCGGUCCAUGUUCGGAAAGAAGCCUUCUUCAGCGGAGAAGAAGAAGGCCGCCCCGGUGACCAUCAUCUCGGACUCGGACUCGGACACCGAGACGCAAAACAAGAAACGAAAGCGGCCCUCACGUAUCGUCGACUCCGAUGAAGAGGAUUUCGUGAAGAAGGCACCAACUCCAAAAAAGAAAAAGGAAAAGGAUGAUUCCAAAAAGGAGGCAAACGGGAAACAUCUCAAACCAGUUUCAGCGGACGAUUUCUUCGGCUCUGCGAAACCGAAGUCCUCUGAAACCCCAAAACAGCCCAAAAAGCCAAAGUCCCAUGCGGAUGACGCCAGUUUCUCCAAGACCCUGGAGCAGCUGGACCUUCCACCCAAGACCGAGGCCGCCGACAGGCCGUCCGGCGAGACACUGACGCUGGCGGCUAAAGUGGCGCGGCUGAAGGGGAAGGCGCCGGCCUCGGGCGCCGCCUCCUCGUCGGCCGCCGCUGAACUCUCCGCCAGUGACGAGGACGACGGGCCGACCAAAAUCCGGGGCGACGCGCCAUCGCAGACACAGAGCCCACCCAAACAGAAGGCGUCGGAGAAGAACGGUAAAUCGAAUAAGGAUUCAGCUGAGAAGCAUGAGGCGCGAUCCAAAAAGACACCAGAGAAGCCUUCAACUAAGGAUGCCGCUGAUGCCGGAGGAUCACAAGUCAAAGAGGAAAAAUCACCCAAGAAAGAUAAGACACCGGACAAGAAGAAGAAGACCCCACUAAAGGAGAAGACGCCUGGUAAAAGGAAGGGCUCAGAGCCUGAGGACAGCACGCCGAAGGCCAAGAAGAGUAAGCCGGCGACGGAGGCGGCCACGCCGGACGAGGUGCGCCAGAAGAAGGCGGAAAACUACAGGAAGUUUCUGGAGAGGCAGCACGCCGGACCGAAGAACCCCGGCGCCAGGGAGGUGCCCGAGGGCUCUCCCGGCUGUCUGGCGGGCCUGACGCUGGUUCUGACUGGUCUGCUCGACUCACUGGGACGAGAGGAGGCCGCUGACCUCUGUAAGGGCCUCGGGGCAAAGGUCACCACCAGUGUCAGUCGUAAUACGUCGUACCUCAUUGUCGGCGACGAACCCGGCCAAAGCAAAACGGAAAAGGCCAAGAAGGUCGGUACGAAGGUACUGGAUGAGGAGGGUCUGUUCAACCUCAUCCGUGAGCGCUCCAAGACGCACGGUAAGCCGGAGCUGGAGACCGUCAGCGCCGACUCCGGGGUCGGCACCAGUCAGGACUCCCUGGGAUCCCCGGAGCCGAUCCGGAGAACUGCCGACUCUGGUCCGGAGCCGGCCAAACCGGCUCCGGGCGCGGUAAAGUCGGAGCCGGAGUCGGAGCCGGUAGUACAGAAGGGUGGUAAGAGCGACUCUGGCGCCCCCUCUGCUGCCGCCGCGGCGGUCCCUCCGCCUGACGGCGUGUUGGAGACACAAAUGUGGGUGGACAAGUACAAGCCCAAGUCGUCAAAGAACAUCAUCGGUCAGCAGGGAGACAAGUCGGCGAUGAACAAGCUGAAGCAGUGGCUGCAGCGCUGGCAUCGCUUCCACUCCGGCGCCAACAAGGUCAAAGUCAAGGCCUAUAACCAAGGCUUCAACGACGACGGUUCCAAUUUCAAGGCUGCUCUUCUGUCGGGCCCACCGGGCGUGGGAAAGACGACCACCGCCCACCUGGUGUGUCAGGAGCUGGGCUUUGAGGUGGUGGAACUGAACGCCUCCGACUCGCGCUCCAAGAAGCUGCUGGAAAAGUACACCGAUUGUCUGCAGAUGAGCUCGCUCGGGCACGCCUUCCAGGCGGCAGGCUCGGGCGGCUCCGGCGGCCGGCUGACGGAGCGGCACGUCCUUCUCAUGGACGAGGUGGAUGGGAUGGCCGGGAACGAGGACCGCGGCGGCGUGGCGGCCAUCAUCCAGCUGAUCCGGGCCUCACGCGUGCCCGUCGUCUGUAUGUGCAACGACCGCCACCACCCCAAGAUCCGCAGUCUGUCCCAGUACUGCUUCGACCUGCGCAUCAACAAACCGCGCCUCGAACAGAUCAGGGGCGCCAUGAUGUCCGUGAUGUUCAAGGAGAAGCUGAAGAUCAGUAAGGAGCAGCUGGACGCGCUGAUUACCAGCACCAACCAGGACAUCCGUCAGGUGCUGCACCUGCUCUCGGUGUCGGCGGCGCAGCAGCGGGCGGCGCCGGCCGGCGGACGCACUGCCAAGGACACACGGCUGGGCGCGUUUGACGUGGUGCAGAAGGUAUUUAGCGCCAAGGAGCGUCAAGGUAUGUCCAUCGACGACAAGGUGCGGCUAUUUUUCUACGACUACAGCCUGGGCCCGCUGUUCGUCCAGGAAAACUACCUCAGAGCGAAUGCUCACGCCGCACGCGGCAGCAGUCAGAAGCAGCUGGACCUGCUCAGUCAGGCAGCUGACUCCAUCUGUGACGGCGACCUGGUCGACAACUGCAUCCGGUCCGGACAAAACUGGAGCCUACUGCCCACGUUUGCGGUGUACAACACGCUGAUCCCGGGAGAGCUGCUCUCGGGCCACCUGAACGGCCGCGUCGAGUUCCCCCAGUGGCUCGGAAAGAACUCGACACGAAACAAGACGGUGCGCCAGGUCCAGGACGUGCAGGCGCACAUGAGACUCAGGAUCUCUGGGAGCCGUCAGGACGUGCUGAUGGACUACUGCGGCCCGCUGCGGGACCUCGUCACCCGUCCACUGGUCAGCGGGGAGCAGGACGGCGCCGCACAGGCCGCGCAGAACAUGUUCAGCUACGACCUCAUGCGUGAGGACCUGGACGACCUGAUUGAGAUCGCCACCUGGUCGGGCCGCACCGGGGACCCCAUGGCACGGCUAGACUCCAAGACGAAGGCGGCGUUCACGCGCGCGGUGCGAGGCGGACACCACAGCUACCCGUACGCCAGCAUCCAGGAGGCCAGCAAACGGCGGAAGGGUGACUCGGACCCCCUGCUGGGAGAGGACGGAGACCAGGAGGACGGCGGAGAGGAGGAACAGGAGGACGAGGACGUCACCAAGGACAAAAUGAUCAAGGUGAAGGCGACAAAGGCAUCGAAAGGAGCGUCCAAGAACGAACCAUCAACAUCAAAAGGAAAGGGAAGAGCAAAGGGCAAGAAGUGACCGAUUAUCCGACCGCGUAUGCAUCGAUAAAAUGGAUCAUGGUCGGCCGACUUGUGAUAACAUUGAUCCUCACAACUGCUGGGGACGACGAGGCGGUAAGGACGACUGGAGGGAAUCGCUCCUCCGUGAGUACAAUGGGACGGGAGUACCCGCGACCUGCGAGUCGAUUAGGCCUGACGGGGAGGACGGCCAGAAUAAUUCGCUCGAGUUUCGAACGCCCGAGCUGGUGGGGUGACGCGGCGCCUCUCAGUUGUCACUGAAUGGGAUGGUAAACUUUGUGCCUGAGAAAAUGUUCGGAACUGGAAGCGACUGGUUCCGACUUAGGGUGCUGUUGGUGAAAUUGUUCUGUUCAACUAGGGUCGUACCUGCUCGUAAGUGACUUGUGAUUGAACCCUGAUGAACCUCGCUAGUAUUCGUACGGCACCGUGACUUGCUUGCUGCUGUAUUUGCUUAUCCCUGUGCCCAGGUCAGUUUCACAGCCUCGCUACAUGAAAGUGCAGUUCUGAUUGCCUUAUCUCAUUUCGUGAACUGUUUUGCCCUUGCCGCAUGGUAAAUGUUUUGUCGAAAUGUGAUAUCGAAAUCAGCAUGGUGCAAGUGGAAUCGAGACAUGCGUGUAUGCUGCCAUUCACUUAUCACUAAGGUCAUUGCAUUUGCAUUUCUUUCACGCGAGUCACCUGAUCAAUGAUCAUUGAACGCCUCAUCAUUUUUCAUGCCGUUGCAGCCACGUGAUCCGUCAUCACGCCACCCAGUUGAUAUAAGUCCCAAGCCGAUUGUCUGGGUGAAUUGUGGAUAACAUUGAAAUGCAGGUAAAUACACGUCGUCACUAAUAA